GCCCGUCUCUCGUCGCCUCGCUCGCUCCUGCUGACGACGAUCAUGCCCACCGCCGUCGCCGCCGCGGCGAGCCCCACGCCGCGGGACAGCGGCCGCGGCCGCCCCCGCCGCCUGCGCCGCCGCAGGGACAGGAAGAGCAGGGCCGCGGCCGCCAAUGCGGGGGCCGGCGAGGAGAGCGCCCGCCCCGGCCCCGACCCCGCUCCCCAGGUGGAGGCGGAGUACGUGCCGGAGAAGCCCGACCUCGGCGCCGCCGACCCCCUCCUCCUCGGCGCCUUCGCGGCCGUCUUCGAGAAAUUCGGCCUCGCGGACCCCGCGGCCGCCGCGCCCGCCGAGGUCUCCGCGCCGUCCUCUCCCCCCGCCGAGGGCGAGCAGAAUGAGAGGGAAGGCGCUGCGGAUGCCGCGGUGAACAAGGGGCCAGAUGCUGCUGAUGCUGAGCAGGAGGCCCCAAUGAAGGAGGAAGCAAUUGUCCUGUCGAAGAAGCAGAGGAAGCAGCUGCGGAGGGUGAAGAUUUCAGAGCUGAGGCAGACGUGCAGCAGGCCUGAUGUUGUUGAGGUCUGGGAUGGUAAUGCCCCUGAUCCGAAGUUGCUUGUAUGUCUCAAGUCCUGCAGGAACACCGUGCCGGUUCCGAGACACUGGUGCCAGAAACGAAAGUACUUGCAGGGAAAGAGGGGUUUUCAAAAACAACCGUUCCAGCUUCCUGACUUCAUUGCUGCAACUGGAAUUGAAAAAAUAAGACAGGCAUACGUUGAGAAGGAGAACAACAAGACAUUGAAACAGAAGCAGCACAGCCGUAUGCAGCCCAAGAGGGGAUAUAUGGAUAUGGAUUAUGAGGUUUUGCAUGAUGCAUUCUUCAAAUAUCAAACGAAACCCAAGUUGACUAGUUAUGGUGAUCUAUAUUAUGAAGGGAAGGAGUUUGAGCCGAAGCUUAAGGUAAUGAAACCAGGUAUGCUGUCCCAGGAGCUUAAAAAAGCUCUUGGUAUGCCUGACGGUGCCCCGCCCCCAUGGGUUACCAGGAUGCAGUUCUUUGGUCCUCCACCCUCUUAUCCUUAUCUGAAGAUCCCAGGUUUUAAUGCCCCAAUCUCUCCUGGAGACAGUUUGGGUGAUGAACCUGACGAGGAAGAACCUCUCGAUCGCAGCAAACACUGGGGAGAUUUGGACGAAGAAGAGGAUGAAGAGGAAGAAAAGGAGGAGGAACUAAUUAUUCAUGAGGAAAUAGAAGAAGUUAUUCGGUCUAUUGACACCGUCUCAAGCACUCCAGCUGGUGUGGAAGCACCUGAUGUUAUUGAGCUUCGGAAGCUGAGGAAGGAGUCAGAUAACCAGGCAGAAAGGCCACUAUACCAGGUUCUUGAACAGAAAGAAUUAAGGAUCACUCAUAGGGCGCUGUUCGCGUCGAGCCAUGCAUAUGUUUCCCUGGCCAAACCUACUGAGUACGUGCUGGUUGGAGCGCAAGGUACACCGUCAUCAUCAGGCGGCAAUUUUGGUGAUGGACCUGGGGAGUUGGAAAAGCCGCCAAUCGACGAGGGAGGACCUACUGAUCACAGUAAAAACUGGGGAGAACUGGACGAAGAAGAAGAGGAAGAGGAGGAAUUGGAAGAUGGGAAGAUAGAAAAAGGCAUUCUAGAAGAGGAAGAAGAGGAUGAGGUACUGGAAGAUGGGGGAAUAGAAAAAGGCAUUCUAGAAGAGGAGGAGGAGGAGGAGGAACUGGAAGAGGGGGUAGUAGUCACUCUGGAAGAGUUGGAGGAGGAGGAACUGGAAGAUGGGGAAAUAGAAGAAGCUACUCGGCAAGCGGAAGAGGAGGAGCUGGAAGAUGGGGAAAUAGUACAAGGUAUUCGGCAAGAAGAGGGGGAGGAACUGGAAGAUGGGGAAAUAGUGGAAGGCAUUCGGCAAGAGGAAGAAGAGGAGGAGGAACUGGAAGAGGGGGAAAUUGUAGAAGGCAUUCGGCAAGCGGGAGAGGAGGAGGAGGAACUGGAGGAGGGGGAAAUAGUAGAAGGCAUUCGGCAAGAGGAAAAGGAGGAGGAGGAACUGGAGGAGGGGGAAAUAGUAGAAGGCAUUCGGCAAGAGGAAAAGGAGGAGGAACUGGAAGAUGGGGAAAUAGUAGAAGGCAUUCGGCAAGAGGAAAAGCAGGAGGAGGAACUGGAAGAUGGGGAAAUGGUAGAAGUCAUUCGGUCUGGUAACACCAUCUCAAGCAGCACUCCAGCCGGUGUGGAAACACCUGAUGUUAUCGACCUUGGGAAGUCGUGGAGGGAGGAGCCCGAGAAGCAGGCAGAAAAGCCAUUUUACCAGAUUCUUGAGCAGAAAGAAGAAAGGAUAGCCUCUGCCGGGUCAAUGUACUUGUCGAGCCACAGGUACGUGCUGGUGGGAGCGCAAGAUAAACCGUCGACAUCAACAUCAACAUCAUCAUCAGGCCCGAAAAGUAAAAGGAAUAAGAAUGACAGACACAAAGCUCUCCUGGCGAUGGCGGUCGGGAUCUCGCAGAUGCAGAAUGUGGACGUGAUGGCUCGUAAGUUUCUGAAUGAGAGCUACACGGUCAUGCUGUUCCAUUACGACGGGAACGUGGAUGGGUGGCGUAGCCUCGAGUGGAGCGAUAAGGCCAUACACAUAGUUGCGCCCAACCAAACUAAAUGGUGGUUUGCUAAGCGCUUUCUGCACCCUAGUGUUGUGGCUAUCUACGAUUUCAUCUUUUUAUGGGAUGAAGACCUUGGAGUGGAAAAUUUUGAUCCGAGGAGGUAUAUUGAUAUAAUGGUGUCCGAAGGCUUAGAAAUCACACAACCCGCAUUGGAUCCUGAUCUAUCAACAGAUAUUCACCACCGGAUCACAAUCCGCAACAAGAUGACAAAAGUGCAUAGGAGAGUAUAUGACAAUCGUUCAAGCAUGAAUUGUUCUGAUGAUAGUAAAGGACCUCCAUGCACAGGGUGGGUUGAGGGCAUGGCGCCAGUUUUUUCUCGCGCUGCCUGGAAAUGUGUAUGGCAUCUAAUACAGAAUGACUUGAUUCAUGGAUGGGGCCUUGACAUGAAGCUUGGUUAUUGUGCUCAGGGUGAUCGAGCUGAGAAGGUCGGUGUAAUUGACAGUGAGUAUGUCGUCCAUCAAGGGAUACCAUCGUUAGGAGGACCAUCAGAUACCAGCAAGUUACCUCGAAGAUCUUUGGAUUUGCGGACACACAUUAGAAGACAGUCGUCAGCUGAGCUGGAAAAGUUCAAAGAACGGUGGGAAAAAGCCGUAAGAGAAGAUGACGAGUGGAUGGAUCCUUUUGACGCCUGAUUACUUCGGAAGAAACACCUGACAUGAAGAUACAAGGCCCGCCAUACAUGGGUGGAUGCGUUCACAUUCAUCAUGGCGGUUGGAGUCGAGAUCAUGUGGGCCUCAUAGCGAAAACAGUUAGUUAUAUAGCCUUAUAGGCAUUUUGCUGACUAACACACACCACCCUGCCCUCGAGAAGAGCUGGAAGAAGAAGUGGGAACGGCGGAGAAACUGAGCAAGAACCUGUAUACUACCAGUGGCUGACAGACACAGUAUCUUGUAAUCUUAAUUCGAUUCUACAAUCACCGAGGUUGUAUAGUGACAAUGCAUAUAUGUAUGUGCAGUUAUUUUAGUAAUAAUAAGUAUUUAUACUAGAAA